AUGGUCCAGUCACCACCACUCCCUGGGCCCAGCCAUCCAGCCAGUUUUUAUGAAGUGAACUGGUCCAAGCCGUGGACUAAGUUUCUGCAGGAGAAUCAUGUGGGAAUUGAUGUGAAAAGUUUUGCUAAAUUCCAGGCAGACAACAUCUACAGGGUUUCCUUCAUCCACCAAGUGAGUCACUCUGUCACAGAAGGAGAUCAGUGCUAUCUUUGUCCAUCUGCUUCACCAUCCAUGGACAGUGGUCCUCUGAUUGCAAAGGGUGUCCCUGGGGGACAGAGCAAUUUAAGCCCCGUAGCCUCCUUUCGGAGCUCCCUCCGGUUCGCAGUCAGGCUGCACGGCAGCGGUUCGUGCAGCCGACGACGAACUCCCACGCCUUCUUUAUGUCGGCAGGCAGGGGAAACCCAGCUGCUGGCACCAGCCCCACGGCUCCCGCAGCUAUCCCGCCUCCUAGCUGGAAGGAGGGCCCUGGGGCGCGGCGGCCUGAGCGCGUUGGGGCGGUGGCCCGGCCCUGGGGCGGUGCCGCCCUUGCCGCACGGGAACAGCUGCGGCGGUGCUGGGAGCGGCUGUCGGCAGCGUGUGGUGUGUGUGUUUGUCUGUGAGUUUGUGGGGCGGGCAGCCAUGUGGCGCUGGAGGCUCCUUCUCUUGCCGGUGCUCCUCGCCGUCUCGGUCUCCGUCAGAGGCCAAGAUGAAUUUUCCUUAGAAGAUGCACUUCCAGAAGGAAGUACAAAGAAGCCUCCUGUAACUCAGAAGACACCAUCAUCAGGUGAUUUGGACUUGUCUGAUGCUUUUGAUUCUGGUGAUCCCAAGCCACAUCCUCCUGAAAAUCCUAAAGACACUGAUAACCCCAAGAAAGAUCAACCUGAAGGCUCUGACAAAUUUGAUGAUUCAGAUCUAUGGGAUGGCAGUCUCCCAAAAGGAGGAAGCGAUGGCAGUGGCGGCAAUGAACGGAAGGAUCCAACUCCAAAUAGUGGCCAAGAAGACAAGGCUUCUCCGGGAGCAAUAGCUGGAAUUAUAAGUGCUGUGGGUGCUACUGUAGUUGCAUCAAUAAGUAGUUUCAUUGCUUACCAGAAGAAGAAACUCUGUUUCAAGCAAAGCGAUGAAGAGAAUGUGAAUAUGGAUAGCCACAGGGGAGUGCAAUCUGAGCCACCUGUUCAGCGCACGCUUCUGGAGAACUAAAAGGAAGAGUGGUGAAGAACAGAUCUUUGGAACUGGAUAAACAACCUACAUUCUGCCAAAAAAAAAAAAAAAAAAAAAAAGGAAACAAAGCAUAACAAACAGCAGAGCCCAAAGUUUCAUGAGAAAACAGUUCUUGUUUGAAGCACCUCUGGGACUGUGACUUAGACCUGAGUACUUCUGUAUGGUUAGCCCUGUGAAGCAUUGUUGCACACCAAUACAUGGCCUUAAUGACAGGAGUGUAGAAGUAUGUUGUGCCUUUACAUUCUUUCCUUGUCUCCUCUGACAAAUAGGUGUGUCUCAAGUGCAUUCAGUGUAUUUAACUUUUCCUUACCUCUCCAAAACCAAUAUGCAGUUAUGGUUUCUGUUAUGUUAUUGCUCUCAGGCAAUGCAAACCUAUUUUUAAAUAACCUGAACUCAGUGAGUGGACCAACCAACCAACUUUGUGUAUGUUGUGGGCACCUGAAAGCAAACAGCUCACUGUGGAUGGAUAGUGGAUCUGGGUAUGGGUGCUGCUGAUCCAAUCUGUGUAGCUGCCUGGGCCAGCUGCCAGGGAAGAGCUGCUUGUGCUUGAGCAUUCAGGAGACAAAAAGUUUUGGUUUGUUUUUAGAUUUUUUUUUUUCAUUGCAUCUGUCUGGUACAGAUUGAGAAAACCCAAAGUUAAUGCACACCAAGCCUUCAUCCUUUCUGGCUCUUCCUGCUUGGCAAGUACUGAGCUGGUCAGUUGUGGAAAAGCCUGUUUUGCAGAUCAGAAACAUAAUUGGACUUUGUAUUUCUGGUGACAUUGAUGUUUGGCAUCAUCUAAAAAGUUGUGGAUGGAGAACUUGGGAGUGGGGAUUAACAUUUUCAGACUUCCAUAGCCAAAAGCUUAAGUAAAAAUAGUGUUGAAAUCAGAAGGCUUAUUAUAUAUGUGUAAGGGACAGAAACAGUUCCAACUACAAACAGCAAGAGUGACCAGAACAAGCCAACCUCACUCCACAAGCAUCCACUGAGCAGUAGAAAUAGCAAACAUGUGAGAAGUGCUUUUGGACUUGUGAAGGAUUCCCCUAGGGUGAUCAGCCGUGGUUGCUUUCUCCUCUGAAAGCACUUGUGACCAGUGCUGUGGCUCUUGAAAGCAACAGGAAGGUUUCAAGGAUCUGUGGAAACAUGGAAAACUACAACUCAUAACAGCUAAAGGACUAAAUCUAGAAUAAUAACUAGUUCUGUCAGGAAGGAAUGGUCUGACCAGUUUUGUUGGCUUUCAUUCUAGUUGCUUUAAAUUUUCAAGCAGUUUUACCAUAUGUGUCUUACUAAUGGGCUUCAGCCCCCUGGCAAAGUUCUACAGGAGAUGACAUUUCAUGGAACAUCUUAGAACUUAGAAAUUAAUGAAUUUGGAUAUUAAACCUGUAAAUAUAUCUGUACAUUCAAAUGUGAAUGUAUGCCAAGGAUAAUUCAUUUGAGAAUUUCUUGUACAUGUUUCUUAGCUUGCAACAAAGCUUUACACAAAUGUUAGUGUUUUCUUAAUGGAAUUAAUUUGUAAGUCUGUUUUUGCCCUAUGUCUGCUUUUAGUGUAAAAAUGCUAAAGCUUUUAAGUGUGUUUGAGAGUGCAAAGGUGAUUCCUACAUAAGCAUUUGGUUUAUGUAAAUACAAAGAAAUGUACUGCUUGCCUACAUGAAUAAACAGAUCUAUGCCUCGUGUAGAGUAAAUAAAAAUAACUGUUUUUUAGGGAUAAAAUGGCAGGAGGAGCUCAAACUAGCUUUUAGCUAACCAAGACUGUUGAAUCCUUUUUCAGCUUUUGUGAGCCUAAAAAUUACUUACUAAGUCCUAUCAACAUUGUGAUUUUUCUAAAAAUAAAUUUAAAAAAAAGG